CUCGCGCACAGACGGAUGCGCACGGUCACCAACUACUUUCUGCUGAACUUGGCCGUAUCCGACGUUUCCAUGGCGGCGUUUAACACGCUGGUCAAUUUUGUGUACGCCGCGCGCGGGGAGUGGUACUUUGGCAGCGCGUACUGCAAGUUCCACAACUUCUUCCCGGUAGCCGCGGUGUUCGCGAGCAUCUAUUCCAUGACGGCCAUCGCGGUAGAUCGGUACAUGGCCAUCAUACACCCACUGAAACCCCGUUUCUCGGCAACCGUUACUAAGGUUGUCAUUGUGUGUGUGUGGGGUGCGGCAGUGGUGCUGGCCCUCCCGUUGUGUUUCUACUCCACCACCACGACUGUGCCAUUGCGGACGCUGUGUCACGUAGCCUGGCCCCGCCGCGCCGAUGAUGCCUUCAUGUACCACAUCAUUGUAGCCUUCUUGGUGUAUCUACUGCCCCUAGUGGUAAUGGGCAUCACCUACACCAUAGUGGGGAUUACAUUGUGGGGCAGUGGCAUUCCAGGACAUUCCUCAGAGAACUACCUGGAGCACCUGCAAGCCAAACGCAAGGUGGUGAAGAUGAUGGUGCUGGUGGUGCUGACCUUUGCCCUCUGCUGGUUACCAUACCAUGUCUACUUCAUCGUGACAGGCCUGAACAGGAGGCUCAUGAAGUGGCAGCACAUCCAGCAGGUUUACCUGUCAGUGCUGUGGCUAGCAAUGAGCUCCACCAUGUACAACCCCAUCAUCUACUGCUGCCUGAACAGCAGGUUCCGGGCAGGAUUUAAGCGAGCAUUCUGCUGGUGCCCUUUUGUCCACCUGUCAGACUUGGAUAAACUGGAGCUGAAGAUGACCCGGUUCCACCCAACCCGCCAGAGCAGCCUGUUCACCGUGACCCGGCUGGACUCAUGCGCUGACUUGCACACACACUCUUCACGCCGCAAAAGCUCCACCACCAGUCGCCAUGGCAGCCUUGUCAGCCAAUCACGCCAUGUCACCCGAACCUCUCUGAAUGGCAGUCUCCAUGGUAGCACUGCAAACAACAGUGUUAAUUAGCUUAGAAACACAGAACACAUAGUAAAUGGCAUAUAUUAAAAAAAAUACAGUUCACUCAACUGCUAAACCUCACCAGUCAGUUUGAAUCAUUCUUCCUAAUCUAACUGUGGUUUCUAAAGUUUUCCAGUGACUGACUCAGUUGGGUUUUCAAGAUGCAGUGUGAUGAGCAGUGGCACUGAUGAAUUGGCAGUGUGUGUGUGAGUGUGUGUGAUGAGGCAACCCCCCAGUCUCUUGACGUGUGCAUUAUUCAAUAUUCUUUUGGUCUAUAGAGGUCUGUUUAAAUAUCCAAAAUACACUUGAGGUUCAGAAGAUAAUUAACAUUAAAAUACAGCCAGUAAGAGCAAGUGUGGGUGAAUGUGUCCAGACUGGAGUGUUCUGAAUAGGUUGGGUAUGGUGCAGACGAUCCUUGAAUGAUCUCCUCAUAAGUCCACAGCCCGGCGCAGCGUCUGAGAGAACACACUCUGGUGACAGGAAACAGGCCAACUGGAGGACUUGUCUUUGAUUGAAUAACCUUCAGUGUGUCCACAGCACAGCCUGCUGUUCCUCACGCCGUUUACAUUCCCUGUAGUAUCCCCCAUAGUUCAGGGUCCUGCU